GAGCGCGGCGGGCUGCGGAGGGAGCUGCAUAAGAUGGCGGCGGCGGGAGCCGGGGCGGCGGGAGCGGCGGUGGCGGAGGAGGAGAAGGAGAAGAAGCGGCUGCCGGAGGGCGACCCCGAGUCGGGGGGCGACUCGGAGGAUGAAGGAGACUCAGACUCGUCUGGUGACGGCGAAGACGAGGAGAAGGAGAACGAGGCCGAGAUCCAGCGGCUGGAGGAGCAGCUUUCCAUCAAUGCUUUUGACUAUAACUGCCACCUGGAUCUGAUAAAGCUGCUGCGCCAGGAGGGAGAGCUGGUCAAGCUCAGAAGAGCUCGUCAGAAGAUGAGUGAACUCUUCCCACUUACUGAAGAAAUUUGGUUGGACUGGUUGAAGGAUGAGAUAAAAAUGGCUUCUGAGAGCUCUGAGCGAGAGAAGGUUUAUGAGCUGUUUGAGAGAGCUGUGAAGGAUUACAUCUGUCCUGAAAUCUGGCUGGAGUAUGCCCAGUAUUCCAUCGGGGGCAUUGGUCAGGCAGGGGGGAUUGAGAGAGUUCGCUCCAUCUUCGAGAGAGCCUUGACUGCUGUGGGGCUGCACGUGACCAAAGGGACAGCUCUGUGGGAAGCCUACCGGGAGUUUGAGAAUGCCAUCCUGGAGACAGCACAGCCAGCUCCUGGCAGUGUUCCAUCCCCAGAGCAGCAGCAGAUGCUCUGCAGCCAGCUCGAGAAGAUCCACACGCUGUUCAGGCGCCAGCUGGGGAUCCCACUCUUAGAUAUGGAAGCUUCAUAUGCUGAGUAUGAGGAGUGGUCAGAAGAUCCAAUUCCAGAAACAAUAAUAAAGAACUACAAAAAAGCUCUCCAGCAACUGGAGAAGUGUAAACCAUACGAAGAGGCACUGCUGGGUGCUGAAACACCAAAGCUGGCAGAAUAUCAGGCUUACAUCGACUUUGAAAUGAAAGCAGGUGAUCCAGCUCGAAUUCAGUUGAUCUACGAGAGGGCUCUGGCUGAGAACUGCCUUGUGCCAGAUCUCUGGGCGCGCUACAACCAGUACCUGGACCGGCAGCUGAAGGUGAAGGAGUUGGUCUUGGCCGCUCACGACCGCGCGGUUCGGAACUGCCCCUGGACUGUGGGGCUGUGGAUCCGGUACCUCUUGGCCAUGGAGAGGCAUCGAGUGGAUCAUGGCAUUAUUUCUGAAAUGUUUGAAAAAGCUCUGACUGCAGGUUUCAUCCAAGCAACGGACUACGUAGAGAUCUGGCAGGCAUACCUUGAUUACCUGAGAAGAAGGGUUGAUUUUACACAAGACUCAAGUAAGGAGCUAGAAGAGCUGCGCGCUGCGUUUGCACGGGCUGUGGAGUAUUUGAAACAAGAAGUAGAAGAGCGAUUCAGUGAAAGUGGAGAUCCAUCCUGCACCAUCAUGCAGAACUGGGCACGAGUUGAGGCCCGCUUGUGUAACAACAUGCAGAAGGCCAGAGAGCUCUGGGACAACAUCAUGACUAAAGGGAAUGCCAAAUAUGCCAACAUGUGGCUGGAGUAUUAUAACCUGGAAAGAGCUCAUGGGGACACCCAGCACUGCAGGAAGGCCUUGCACCGAGCUGUGCAGUGCACCAGUGACUACCCAGAGCAUGUCUGUGAGGUGCUGCUCACCCUGGAGAGGAUAGAAGGGACGUUGGAAGACUGGGAUGCAGCUGUUCAAAAAACAGAAAACAGAUUAGCUCGAGUUAAUGAACAAAGAGCAAAGGCUGCUGAGAAGGAAGCUGCUCUGGCAAAGCUGGAAGAGGAGAAAGCUGAACAAAGGAAGCAGGCCCGGGCAGAAAAGAAAGCUUCUAAAAAGGCUAAAAAAACCAGGAUUGGAGAGAAGCGCAAAGCAGAGGAUGAUGAUGAUGAAUGGGGACAAGAAGAAGAAGCAGAGCAGCCCAGCAAGAGGCACAAAGGAGCUGGUGAUGCUGUCCCUCUGGAAGAAGACAUGGAGGUAGAAACGGGGCUGUUUGGGAGAAGUGGACCUGAAAAGCCAGAUGGCCCAGCAAGGCAAAAGGAAAAGGCAUCUACCAGUCGGAAAGACAUCCCCAAAGUGCUACAUGACAGCAGUAAAGAUCAUGUCACUGUCUUUGUCAGCAACCUUUCCUACAACAUGGCAGAUCCUGAAGUGAAACUGAAAGAGCUCUUUGAGAGCUGUGGGGAGGUGGCAGAAAUCCGUCCAGUGUUCAGCAACAACGGGACUUUCCGGGGCUAUUGCUACGUAGAAUUCAAGGAAGAAAAAUCUGCUCACCAAGCUCUUGGCUUGGAUCGUAAGGUUGUGGAGGGAAGACCCAUGUUUGUUUCUCCAUGUGUUGACAAGAACAAGAAUCCAGACUUUAAGGUGUUCAGGUAUAGCACUACACUGGAGAAACAUAAACUGUUUAUAUCUGGUUUGCCAUAUUCCUGCACCAAGGAAGAGCUGGAAGAUCUGUGUAAAGCACAUGGGAAUGUGAAAGACAUUCGGCUGGUCACCAACAGAGCUGGAAAACCCAAGGGCCUGGCCUAUGUGGAAUAUGAAAAUGAGGCUCAGGCCUCGCAGGCUGUGCUGAAGAUGGACAGGCUGACAGUGAAGGAACAUGUCAUCAAGGUGGCCAUCAGCAACCCCCCCCUGCGCAGGCCCCCCGAGAGGCCUGAGGCGGGCAGGGCCGCCCCGGGCGCCGGGCCCCGGCCCCUCUACGGAGCGCGAGGGAAGGGGAGGACACAGCUUUCAAUGAUGCCCCGGGCCUUGCAGCGCCAGAGCCAUCCUGUGGCUAAGGCUGAGAAUGGGAUGGUCCAGAACUCACCAGCAACUUCCUCCAAAGUCCCUGAGGAGCCUAAAAUGAUGUCCAAUGCUGAUUUUGCCAAGAUGCUACUGAAAAAGUGAGCAAAAAGUCUGCAGUCAGCGGGUCUGGUAAAAUGUGAAAUGCCUUUAUGGAAGCCAUGUUGUGUCCUUACCCUAGCGAGGAGAGAAUUGUGUGUAAAUACUCCUCUGGACUGCUGCAUUCAUUGGCAUCAGUGUAGGAUGGUACCAAUCCAGAUUUUCCUCUGUUUCUAAGAGAAAGAGUUAUACUGUGUUCUGGUCAAAUGGCAUUAUAUGAUUCCUCAUAUUGAGGGCAACAAGGGGGAGAUACUUCCCUACAGGUUGGAUGCCACAUUGAGUUUUAUGAAUACUUUACAAAUCUUUCUCUUUCAUUCACAAAUGAGAUGCAGGUGACAGCCUGGUGAUGACCUUGUCAAGCUCCACUGGUCAGUUCCAAUUGUGAUUGCUGUUGUUCUGACAACAAACCCCUCUUACACCCAAACACACACACAGGGACAUUCAUUUCCUUCCAUUACAAGUUAAAUAGCAGAUGCUAGUAACCUCACCACUAUGGCCUAUUUUAGUAUGAGAGUUUCUAUACUUAAGUGUGUAUAUGUAUAUACAUAGAUACGUAUUCAGUUAAUGUUCUGUUCAAGUUGACCUGUUUUUUAUAUUGUGUAUUUGUAAAAGACAUUCAAAUUAUGAUUUUUAAUUGUUAUGAGGCAAUACUUAGCUCUGGUAAUCUUUGUUUCCCAUAAAAGCUGUACAUGCUCUUGCUGAGGACCAUUAAUUUUUUUUUUUUGGUUGUUUUUACUAGCUAGUUCAUAUGUCUUUUGCAGGUGGUUUCUCUAUGUUUUUGUACAAAUGUGAAGUGCAAGCUGAUGUUUCUUGGUUUAUUAAAUUCAAGUUCUCAAAGGUUUUCUAUAAA